AUGGCAGAAGUCAAGAAAGCUUUUCAUAUUACUCCAGUUAUGAGGACCAUACGCGGUGGAUAUUAUUCGAUGUACUGCAUUCGAUAUGCUGGGAAUGGUCAGAUCUUGGCAAGUUCGCCAGUGUCAUUUGAUAUCAAAAUCAUUCCUGUAGAAGACAGGUUACCCACCACUUUAUCAACGAAAAGUCUUCCCAUAUUUUUGACACCAUUUGAAGGCAGUAUUUUGUAUACAGACCAAAAGUGCAUUAGAAAAAUUGACGGAGAAGGUGAUGAGAUAUUUCUAGUACUUGAGGGAGAUUUGAGAGGCAUUCAAUAUAUUGGGCCUAAUAUAAUAUUUGUUUGCACGUCUUCCAGAGUUGAAAAGUAUACGACUUCAGGAGAAAAACUUUUAAAGAUUGAACACGACGAAUUAGGAAACCAGAUUUAUAAAGAUCCACAGAAUAUCUCAAUAAACCGAAACGGGGAUAUUUGUGUAGCAGAAUACGAUGAAACCGGGAACAAUGAACCUUUACUAACUGUGGUUGAUCAAUUUGGAAAAUAUCGUUUUUCAUACCCACCAACGCCUUCUGGUAGUCCAAUGGAUAUCUGCUGUGAUUCAUAUUGCCAUAUCAUCAUAGCUUGUAGACUAAUACACGUGAUUGACAAUGAUGGCAACUUCCUUAGAUACCUGAACUAUGAUGGUAUUCAAGAGGCUUGUAGUGUUACUAUUGACAGUGAAGACAAUCUCUUCGUUUCUCAGUUGAAUGACACUUGUAUAAGAAUAAUGAGAUCUAUGUGCUAA